GUGACGGCAUGAGGUCCGCGAUUUUGGUAAUUCUUUGGCUCGGAGCCAUUGCUUUGGGUCUGGGAAAUCGCACCCAACUGAUGGAGACUUCUGGUUCCUUAGAGGAUCGCAUUCUAUCACGACGAGUUCGGGGAUUGGUGUUUCCGGACAAGGCCUCCGUUCUACUGACCGCCGCCUUAACCAAACUCAUUGUGGGGGGACGACCCAGUGGCCUUCAGUAUAGUCUGGAGUUUGACAUAUACGUUCCACUUCCCGAUACUGUUGAGGGUUGGCAGCCCAAGAUUUUAAAGAGGUUAAAGCCAAAACCCACACCAAAACGACGAUUUGAUUGGUCAUAUUACAAACGACCCAUAAAAUCUUAUGAAAAUUCUUAUUACACUAGGCCUGCAAGCAAUAGAGAAUCUUUCUACCAGACAAAGAACAGUCCUGCUUUUAAUAGAAACUCGUUCUACCAAACCCCUUGGCAUUUAUCCUCGCCCAUUAAUCGCAACAAUUUUGAUCAACACAGGGAAGAGGUCUAUAAAUCGAGUCCCCAAAUAAAUAAAGAUUAUUUCUACCAAACCCCCUUGAGUUUGUCAUCGGCUAACAAUCGCAGGAACUCCUAUGAACCCGAAGAAGAGGUUUACGAGUCCUGGAAUCAUGUUCCCAGUUGGAAGUUAAAUCGUGGCUAUCGGGAGCGUAGGGAAAUUUUCGAUCAAUUCGAGGCAAUGGGAAAAGUUUUCAAGUUGGAUCUUAGGUCUUGCAUCAAGAGAGCCAUGUGCGAACUUAGAGCCAAAUUCAAUGCAGGCCAUGAUCAGGGAUUUUUAAUGGAGGAUCUAAUGCGGAUUGUGCUGACGGUUCCUGAGGAGAUAGCCGACGACAAGUACAGGCACCGCAUGGAUAUCAAGGAUUGUGCACGCUUCUACUCCCCAAGUUGUCCAUACAAUGUUUUGGACUUCCUCACCCAGAGUGGCAAAAAAUUGUGAACUCAGUAAACAGAGAAAUGAA